AAAAAUACAACCACUCCCCACCUCCCCUUCCACCAAAUCUCAUUCCAUUCCUUUGAAAGAAAGAAAGGAAGAAAAAAACUCUAACUUUAACUCAAAAUUUGGAACCAAUGGCGUUUGAAACUGGGUUAAACCUCGAUGCGACGGAGCUCCGCCUUGGACCACCCGGCGUCGACGACAGUAAAUCACAAGAACAACCUCAAUCUCUCAGAAGCAUCACCAACAACAACAAAAGAUCAUUAUUAUUACCAGAAUCCAACCAGAGCUCAUCUGGAUCAAAUAUUACCGUUUCCUCUGAUUCCACUCUUGAAACCCCACCUCCCUCCAAGGCUCAAAUUGUGGGAUGGCCACCGGUUCAGUCAUUCAGAAGGAACAUUCUUCAAGGGAAGAAGACGGCGGCGGUAACGGCGGCGCCGGAGAGUAGUGGAAAUUAUGUGAAAGUAAGCAUGGAUGGAGCUCCUUACUUGAGAAAAAUUGAUGUCAGUUUAUACAAAGGAUACCCUGAACUCCUCCAAACUUUAGAAGACAUGUUCAAAUUCACCGUAGGUGAAUACUCGGAGAGAGAAGGGUAUAAAGGAUCUGAAUAUGUUCCAACUUAUGAAGAUAAAGAUGGUGAUUGGAUGCUGGUCGGAGACGUUCCAUGGGAAAUGUUUAUGUCGUCGUGCAAACGUUUGAGAAUCAUGAAAGGGUCCGAAGCAAAGGGAUUAGGAUGUGUUGCAUGAAGAAGAAAUUAAAAAAAGAAAAAAAAAAUCAAAAGAAUGGAAGGAUUCAAAGAAGGAAAAUUGGGGCUUGGGUUCUCGAUGGAAGAAGAACAAGCUAAGAAGAAAAGAAUUGUAGGAUUGUUUAUUAUUAAGAUUUUAAUAUCUUUUUUUUUUUGUGGGGAAGGAUAUUUCUUCUUCAAAGAUGGAAUUUUUCUUUUUUCUAUGCAACCAAACAAACAGAAAAAGAUCAGAAAAGGCAGUUGGGAUUUGCAGAGAAAAUUGGGUGUUUUUUUGAGGGAAUCAUUUGAUGAUAUGAUUCUUCAUGAAGUUUGAUCAUCUUUGAAGAAGUUAAUCGGGAGUGUCUCAUGGUGGGAAUUUUAAUCCCAAUUAUAUAUCAUUAUCUGCAGGGAGCAGAUAAAUGAUUUGUUUUGAUUAGUAUUAUUAUUGUUAUUCAUAUUUAUGUAAUUGGAUGCAAAAAUUAUAUUAAUUAUAUAUGUUCAUUAAAUUUUGUUGAUUAUAUA